AGCACAAUCGCACACUUUGAUCUUGAGCCACCCAGAAGUUCUACAACUUCAGGAGAGCUGGGCAAGGCUGCAGCUGCCAAACGUUGUCACACCGAAGGCGCUGGCAGGGAAGGGGGAGAUUUUCAGCUCCCCUUGCACCAUCUGGUUGCUGGGUUCCUCUGAGGGCCAGUGUAGCCCGCUGUGUAAUUACAGCGCUGCACGCGGGCACCUCGCCAGAGGAGCAGAGAGAGGGGGCACCAGUGCGGCUCUCGUGCUCCCUGAAGCGGCCCUGCCCUGUUGUUCGCUUGGCAGCUGCUUGGUCUCAGCUUGGAGAAUCGGGCCUCUCAUGGUGUUUGUCGCCACUGCUGCGAGGCCGGCCCGCUGCCACCCACUCUGGCUCCUAGGAUUUGUAGCGCUGCUGCUGCCCGGGGCUUGCGGUCAGUGUGGGGCCCUGCCAAGGCUGAGUCAUGCCCUCCCCUCUGAUACUAAUCGCACAGAGGGCUUCUCCAUCAACACACAAGUGACAUACAAGUGCCUUGAGGGUUUUGUUAAAAUCCCAGGAAAGUCGGACACUGUCGUUUGCCUUUCAAACUCACAGUGGUCAAACAUCGAAGAGUUUUGUGGUCGCAGCUGUCCUGCCCCACCAAGGUUAAAGUCUGCUGUGUUAAGUGAUGAGGAUUUGAGGAAGAAUUACUAUCCUGCUGGGACCACUGUGAGUUAUGUCUGUCGCCCAGGUUAUGAGAGAACUGAACUGAGUCCUGUUACUACUUGCCUUGAAAAUUUAACAUGGGUGGAAGCCCCUGAGUUUUGUCUAGGAAAAUCUUGUGGUGUUCCAAAAAACCCAGAACAUGGCAGACCUGUUGAUGCAACAAAUAACCGGUUUGGUGCAAAAGUAAACAUACUUUGUGAUGAUGGAUACCGAGUAAGCGGGCGACCUUUCAUCCAGUGUUUCCUUAACGGAGAUCAAGUUGAAUGGAGUAAACUUCCAACUUGCCAAGUGAUUACUUGUUCUCCUCCUCCUAAUAUUACCAAUGGGAUGUACAAUGGCAGUCACCUGGAAAGCCUUGACUAUAACUCAUCGAUAACUUACAAAUGUGACCAUAAUUUUUCACUUACUGGAGAGGCCUCCAUUUACUGUACAACUAGAGAUAACAUCAAUGGAGUCUGGAACGGGUCUGCCCCUGAAUGCAAAGUCAUAAUUACCCAGGACAAACCCACAACUGUCCCUCCUGAAGGAGCAGAAGUAGCUGGUACUGCCUCAGGUUCUGCAUUGAACACAGCUGGCAUCUCUACUGAGCCUGAAGGUGGAGUCAUAAUUAUCCAGGACAAACCCACGACUGUCCCUCCCAAAGGAACAGAAGUAGCUGGUACUUCCUCAGGUUCUGCACUGAACACAGCUGGCAACUCUACUGUACCUGAAGGUGGAGUCAUAAUUACCCAGGACAAACCCACAACUGUCUCCCCCAAAGGAACAGAAGUAGCUGGUACUUCCUCAGCUUCUGCACUGAACACAACUGGCAACUCUGCUGAGUCUGAAGGGGAAGGGCUUGGCAUACGCAUUGACAUAGGCAUUGGCACCAGCAUUGGUAUCGUAGUUCUUGGUGCAGUUGCUGCAAUUAUACCAUUGGCAGUUUUGAAGAAAAAUAGGAUGAAGGUUGGUGCCAGCUAAUGGCUUACAAAUUAACAGAUGUAAUAUUGGAAGAAAAGAAUGGAAAAGUUAGGAAAUAAGCUUCAUACAUUUGCACUGAAUUUCUGUAGUGAAAAUAGACCCCUCUCAGGCACUUUCACUACAACUUUUCUCCCUUGAACUGGAAUUGUAAUUGGAAUCCACUGCAUUUGAAAAAAGCAAAAAGGAAGUGGAUCAUCCCUUUUGUCUUUAAAAAUUGGUUUCUGAAGCAAGCAAAGGCAGUUGGUAGCAUCACAAUUACUUGCUGUUUGGUACAUGCAGCUGGCUCCUUAUUUUGCUUCUCCAUAGUGCUAAAUGUUUCACCUGUUAAAGAACAUGUUGGCCACCUGAGUGUGGCAUAGUUUGGAUUGUGGGUUUUAGCUGCAGGUGGCAAGAGAGCCUGUUUAGAUGCCUGCUUACAGGCUUCCCUCAUGAAGUGCAUAAUGUUAGUCUUCAAACCCAAAUGUAAAGAUGCCAGACUCUAAAAGGAAUGUUGUAGGUUCUUGAUGUGACCUUUCUUCAGAUUUAGUCUUCAUCUACAGAUUUUUGUUGAAGUGAGAAUCUCUUCAGAUAAAUCCACCUUUUGUUCCCAGGCUUCUUUCUAUAACUUCGGUUUCUUUUUACAAAUUUGAUAUAUAGUGUGUCCCCUAAGAGAAAAGGGUGAAGUGUGUGAAUUUACAUGGGGUUCCAGAGAUGUUCAGAAUCCUGUUUCUUUCCCUACAAUCAACUCGCACUUUAUAAGAAGUAAGCAAUAAGAUCAAAAGUGUAUUCCAUAGCAAGUUCUCCAGUCCAGACUAUUCCCCGCUCUCUUCCCUUCCAUUCCCUCCCCCUCCCCCCACACACACAUAAUGGGGGAGAUCAGGGACCCAUCCAUAUACUAAUUUUAAACUACACUUUGGUCCUAUGCACUAGACCUCAGCUACGAGUCCUGCUGAUUUUUUUGGCAAUGAAGUAGCAAAAAGAAAGGUUAAGAAUGUUGGAACUGUGAAAACGAUCUCUUAUUAUUUCUCGUUAGGGAAAACGAGCCUUGCAGCCUGUCCCAAGGGGCACACUGAGGCUAUUGUGAUCCAAGUGUCUCUCUCUAAUCUGGUAGCUUCGGAAUCAGGUUUCUCUGAAAGGCCAAGAAGGAAUAUUUAAGGAGAGGGAUGGGCAGUGACUAGGAGAUUUUGGAGUCACAUUUCCCAUCAAAGGUGUCUCUCCUUUGACGAGGUGCUUUGAAAUGUGUAACUAUUUAAGUAUCUCUCACAUUCAGUCAUAGAUGAGACCUUCAAAUGCAGGUUCCACAGGGAAGGAAAUGACGAAAGGAAGGGAACAUAAGACCGAGGAAGGACACUUGUGUGGUUAAACUACAGGAGGAAUAGAGAAAUGCGGGUGUUUCCAACUCUGCUUUUGGCUCUACCGCA